UGUCCAUAAUUGGAGAUGUUCAGGCACUCUGAUCCACCCGUACACAAACAAGUCUGUCGGUCAACGGGACGGUUGUGGUGUGUGCGGUUAGUCUUGUGUCAGAUUAACACUGGCGAUACUUUACUUCUCUGUCACCGUUGUUUUUCAGUUGUUGCUUUUCUCAGUGUGACUGUUUUUCUCAUGGCUGUCCUCCUCAGACGUGGACUUUUCGUGACCCUGCAUCACGCCCUAGGGCAAGGCAGCAACUCAGUCUUCCACCCUGCACUGCCUGCUGCUCUUCUAGGAGCAUGUAGGACUAAGAAGACAUGGCCAGUGAGCUUCCCUCAGGAGGAGCUGAAGAAAAGGCUCACACCUAUGCAAUACCAUGUUACCCAGGAGAGAGGAACUGAGAGUGCCUUCACUGGAGGGUUCACACAUCAUAAAGAUGAGGGGACCUACACUUGUGUUGUCUGCGGGGCCCUGCUGUUCAGCUCAAACACUAAAUUUGACUCCGGAUCGGGUUGGCCGUCCUUCUUUGACCUUGUGAAGGAAGAGUCCGUCACUGUCUCAGAUGAUUUCUCCUAUGGGAUGCACAGAGUGGAGAUUACCUGCAGCCAGUGUGGAGCUCACCUGGGACACCUGUUUGAUGAUGGACCACGACCCACUGGAAAACGCUACUGCAUCAACUCAGCCUCAUUGGGUUUUCAGCCCAAUGACGCGCCCUCCUCUACCUCCAGCUCUGCGGCAGAGGAUGGGGCUGCCAGCCGCUCAGUGAGUAAUAGGAAGACGGAGCUCUGAAGAGACUCAAAUUCCAGCAGACUGACAACUGUGCCUGUGUAGGGAGAGCUCAAAUACAUAACAUUAAUAAUAUAUAGUUUUUGGUUUGGUGUUAUUGAUUCACAAUGUCAAAAUAGUAGGUGGUUAUAUUAUUACAAAAGGAAGGAAGGUGCUCAGGCUUUAGACUCAGAAAUACUCUGAUGUACUCUCUAUGACAAAGGAAAGGACAUGCUUCCAAAAAGUCAGUUUGCAACACACACUAUCUGCUGAUUGCCUCAAAAGGAAUUCCUUAAUUCCUUUUAUUUUCUCAGUCUGGACAGUAGUACUUGGUCUGCUAAUUUAAACAUGUAUGACGUACUGUGUAAUAGUACACACACACGCACACAUAAAAUGUAGAGCCUUUUUAAUAUUGUAACUAAAACCUAUUUUAUUGGAAUAUAUUUUUGAAGUGAAUUUGAUACUGAGAGGAUGAUGUAAUGAAAUUGUCUAUGCAAGUGCUCCGUUUCACAGUAACAAAGCAUACUGUGACAGAUGGCAUCUAAAUGUGGACAAAUAAAGUAGUGUACGGUAGUCUUUUGGUCACUUCCUGUAUUUAUUUCUCUUGCAGUAGGAAAUAUUUUGAGUUUGUGUUCACAGCUUGCAUUUAAAUAGUUAAUGUGUGAAUAAAGUAUCUAGAAACACUGA